GUAGAUCUGACGCGCUGACGUCACAUCUCACGCAAGGACCCCAUCCCGGCUGUUGACGUCCCGUCCACAGUUUGCUAGCGAACCGGGACCAGAACUUUAACACCGCCACGAUGUUUCUGUCUGCCGCUGUUCGCUCCGCGGUGUCGCAGACGGCCAGGCAGGUCAGGAAUCUGCAUCGGUCUGCUGCGCGUGCUGGAGCUGGCGGCAUCUUUGUGCACAGAGAUACUCCUGACAACAACGCCGAUACUCCAUUCGAGUUCACCGAGGAGAGCAAAAAGAGGAUUGAGGCGAUUAUUUCCAUGUACCCUGUUGGACACAAGCAGGCAGCCACCCUCCCAGUGCUGGAUGUAGCCCAGAGGCAACAUGGAUGGCUCCCCGUCUCCGCCAUGAACAAGGUCGCCGAGGUGCUGGAAAUCGCUCCGAUGAGGGUGUACGAAGUAGCGACAUUCUAUACGAUGUACCUGCGUAAGCCCGUGGGAAAGUACUUUAUUCAGAUCUGCACAACAACACCCUGCAUGCUCUGCAACUCAGACAGCAUCCUGGAGACCAUCCAAAAAAAACUGGGUAUUAAAGGUGGAGAGACUACUGCAGACAAGAUGUUCACGCUAUUAGAAGUGGAAUGCUUGGGCGCCUGUGUGAACGCUCCGAUGGUCCAGAUCAAUGACGACUAUUAUGAGGACCUCACACCAAAGGACAUGGAGGACAUUAUUGAUGAGCUAAAAGCGGGCAGAGUUCCUCCGCCUGGGCCCAGGAACGGACGUUUUUCAUGCGAGCCUGCAGGUGGACUGACUUCUCUGACAGAGCCUCCUACAGGACCGGGCUUUGGCGUCAGAGCUGACCUGUAGACAUUUUCAAACACAACUCGUCCCUGAAGCUGAUAUUAUGUUUAACUCAAACAUAUUGUGUAAAUAAAUUGUUCAUGUACCUACG